UCCCAAACAAGAGACUCGCGCAGUCUUUGUUUCAGUUCUGUACAUUUCAUCAGCGAGUCGAGACCGAAAGCCAGGACUAUGAAGUUCCUCAAUACCGCUAUAAUCCUCUGCUACUGCUCCUCUUACCUGCUCACCCUAGUCAGCGGGCUGAGCUUCACGGUAACCUCCCGGAUCUACAUGGAUGUGAAGCACAACAAGCAGCCGGUGGGCAGAAUUACCUUUGGACUGUUUGGCAAGUUGGCGCCCAAGGCGGUGGCCAAUUUCCGGCACAUCUGCCUGCGAGGGAUCAACGGAACCAGCUAUGUAGGAGCCCGGUUUCAUCGCGUGGUAGAUCGGUUUCUAGUGCAGGGCGGCGACAUCCUUAACGGCGAUGGCACUGGCUCGGUUAGUAUCUACGGAGAGUACUUCCCGGAUGAGGACAAGGCCCUGGCCGUGGAGCACAAUAGGCCGGGCUAUCUGGGCAUGGCCAAUCGGGGACCAGACACGAAUGGCUGUCAGUUUUAUGUGACCACUGUGGGUGCCAAGUGGCUGGACGGCAAGCACACGGUCUUUGGAAAGGUUCUCGAGGGAAUGGACACCAUCUAUGCCAUCGAGGAUGUCAAAACGGACACCGAUGACUUCCCCCUGGAGCCGGUGGUCAUCUCCAACUGCGGCGAAAUACCCACCGAACAGUUUGAGUUCUAUCCGGAUGACUUCAACAUUUUGGGUUGGAUUAAGGCGGCCGGUUUGCCAGUGACCAGCUCGUUCUUAGUCCUGCUCAUCUUUCACUACUUUUUCCGCCAGCUGAACAUGUACUGCUGAGGGUUUCUCCCCUUUGGAAGCUUUAUUACUAAUUCUACUUAAGACCACAAAACCACACAAUAAACCAGCUUGUUAACCA